AUGAUCAUAUAUUUCACCUACGGGUUUCUGUUUGCGUACGUUACUCUGCCCGGGGUCUUACUCGGGGAUCUAGUUUUCCGUUGUCCGAGCUGCACGGCGGAGCGACUGGCGACGUGCCCCAAAGUGACGGCGCUAUGCGCGGAGAUCGUGAGGGAGCCGGGCUGCGGCUGCUGUCCGGUGUGCGCCCGGACGGAGGGCGAGCUGUGCGGGGUUUACACGCCGCGCUGCUCCAGCGGCCUCCGCUGCUACCCCAGCGUCGACGCUGAGCUGCCCCUGCGGCAGCUCAUCCAGGGCCUGGGCCGCUGCGGACAGAAGGUGGACGUAGAUGUGUCUGCCACAGAUCACCAAGCAGCAAAUGAAGUCGUUGGAACCGAGAGUCCGUUCACCAGGAGACCGGCCAUAGACGCAUGGAUCUGGCAGCAGUCGGCCAAAAAACAGGAGGAGAUCAAUCGCAAAACCAAGAUGAGGCAGAUGGACGAAUCUCGAACUCAGUGGGUCCUUCAGAGCGCCUGUCAGCAGGAACUGGACAAGGUCUUAAAGGAGAUCUCCAGAAUGACUUCUGAGGAGAACAGAGGCCCGAUGGAGAACCUGUACGGGCUCAAGUUUCCAAACUGUGACAGAUAUGGACUGUACAACCUCAAACAGUGCAACAUGUCCACCCACGGCCAGCGGGGCGAGUGUUGGUGUGUUAACCCCUUAACGGGGGUCCACAUCCCGGAGACGCCGAUAGUCAGGGGAGAUCCCAACUGCGACCAGUUUCAGGAGCUGUUGCGAGCCAUGCCCACUGCCGCACCGUCUCGCUAG